AUGGCUCAACUUCUUACCAUGGGUGAAACCCACAGAGGAACUAAAGCGAACUUGGCAACAUAUGAUGUUGACCGAUUCCGUACACGUUCUCACGCCUAUGUUGAACCUGACGAGAGGAUUAUUCCGAAUCUACAAGCAUGUGGCUUCGGACAUGUCAUAAAAAUGCACAAAAACAACAUCGACAGAAAAUUUAUCCUUGCGUUACAAGAGCGAUGGAGGCCUGAAACCCACACGUUUCAUCUUCCAAUAGGUGAGUGUACGAUUACUCUAGAGGAUGUUUAUAUGUUGCUUGGUCUGCCCAUUGAUGGAAAGGCUGUUAAUGGAUCUGUUCAACAUGCUAAUUCACUAUGUGAGAGAGUGUUGGGAAGAGAUCUAGUUGUGCCUACUCAAGGUUCAAGAGACCAGGGUAUCAGUCUGGCCUCCCUUAAAUCUUAUUAUGAUGAACUCAUAUUGAGCGACAACUCUACCGAGGACUAUGUUUGGUUAAUGACUAAGGUCUAUAUCAUGCUAAUGUUUGGUAACCUUUUAUUCCCAGAGUCGACAGGUAACACUGUCAACUUCUUUUAUUUAAGUAAAUUUGAUAGUAUUAGCAAGAUUAGGAAAUAUAGUUGGGGGUCUGCCGUUUUGGCGAUGUUAUACCAAUCGCUUCGUAAGAACGCGGUUGCCGACAAGUGCACCUUCUAUGGAUGUGUGUUCCUCCUACAAGUAUGGGGUUGGUGGAGACUGCCUACGCUAUCCCCUGCAGGCAGGAACAACUACACGUUCCCUUAUGCAACAAGGUUCUGUGGUCCUAAAUUGAAUUACAGUAAGAAUCCGAGGGGGAGUGCUAUUUUUUAUCGGCAACUAUUGGAUCACCUCCGAGCUGAAGAUUUUAAUUGGAGACCAUACUUGAUGCUAGACCAAGAGCCCAACGAGAGUGACCAAGAAGUUUGGACUGCAGUGACACCUAUAAUAAGGUUCAACAUCGUGGAGAUGCACCAAUCUGAUCGUGUGAGACUCCAGUUUGGCAUGCAUCAACCAAUCCCGGAUCCCCCCACUGAUAUGGGUCGUUGGCAUCUUAGAAGAGUUAAUCACCAAUGGGAUCACGCAGAUUAUCAGUCAUUCGCACCUGAACUUUGUGAGAUGUGGAAGCAGCGUCGCCACCGUCUACUAUAA